AUGCCUCGUGUGCCGUCUGGCGACGCCUCAUUUAUCCAUACGCUCGAUGGUAACUUCGUUGACAACGCUGGUCGUACCCUUCUGCUGCGUGGCGUGAACCUGUCUGGCUCCUCCAAAGCACCCGUGAACCAGCCUUCCCAGGUCCUAGAUGGAUUUUGGGAAGAAGCAAAGAUUGGCGGCGAGAGCUUCAUAGGCCGGCCGCUAAAGCUGGAUGACGCGGACGAGCACCUCACCCGCCUGCGGGGUUGGGGUUUCAAUAUGCUGCGCUUUCCUGUAACUUGGGAAGCCUUAGAGCAUGAAGGACCUGGUCUCACCAGAGGGAAAUAUGACCAUGAUUUUAUGGAUUAUACAAUAGAAGUACUGCGGAAAUGCAAAGCACACGGGUUCAAAGUUUAUUUGAAUCCUCACCAAGAUAUCUGGUCUCGUUUUUCAGGCGGUUCCGGAGCACCCUAUUGGACACUCGCUGCAUGUGGUUUAAAUCCAUGUGCAUUCAGUGCCACCCAAGCAGCUAUAAUUCACUGCGAGUAUCCCACUCCCGCGUCCCGCAACCCCGCAGAAAUGCCUGCCAUGAUAUGGUCAACAAAUUAUGGCAGACUCAUCUCGCAAACCAUGUUCGCGCUCUUUUUCGGCGGCUCAACGUUCGCGCCAAAAUGCAUCAUUGAUGGGGUCAACAUUCAGGAAUACCUCCAGACGCACUUCGCAAAUGCUUUUGCAAAGUUAGCAGAGCGAGUGGCAGCAGCCGGGGACCUUCUUGACGAAGUUGUCAUCGGUUGGGAUAGCAUGAACGAGCCAGCAGAAGGGCUCAUUUCAUGGGGUGACCUCAAUGCAUAUCCGCAGCAACAGGGUUCCACACUCAAGAAAGGCACCGUCCCAUCCCCGGCGCAGAGCUUCCGUCUCGGUAUGGGCCAGGUCCAGACGCUUGACAACUACUCUUUUGGCUCCAUGGGUCCAAGGCGUGAUGGCAGUGUCACCAUCGACCCCAAUGGUGUCAAGGCAUGGGCCGAUCCCUCAACGGAGCCAGGAAACGUUCACCCGCGCUGGGGCUGGAGACGUGACCCUGGUUGGACGCUCGGCAAAUGCAUAUGGGCUUUACACAAUGUAUGGGAUGUGGAGAGUGGAUACGUUCUUCAGCCCGACUAUUUCGCACAUAUUCCAGGAACGGACGAACCCGUCCAUUUUCUGCGCGCCUUCUUCCUUCCCCAAUACACCCUUUACCUGAAAGCAAUUAGAGCGCACCACUCACGAGCCAUCGCGUUCGUGCAGCCACCCGUGUUUGCACAGCCUCCUCCGAUACCUGAGGAGCUGUUGCAGGGUAGGGCAUGCUAUUCGACGCAUUAUUACGAUGGCCUGACUCUCGUUACACGCCACUGGAAUUGGUUUAACGCUGAUGCCCUUGGUCUCAUACGAGGAAAAUAUUCAACGCAGAUACAAGCCCUACGUGUAGGUGAACGCGCCAUACGGAAUAGCCUUCAAACCCAGCUCGGCUAUCUCAAGGCAGAUGCGACGCAACUUGGUGCUCUUCCAUCCACUGGUCCAGCGCGGUACCCAACUAUCAUUGGAGAGAUUGGGACACCUUUCGAUAUGGAUGCCAAACGCUCGUAUGGAUACACUGAUGGAGGCAAGUACAAGGGUGACUACUCACGGCAAGAGCGUGCACUUGAUGCAAGUUUAAACGCGGCGGAUGGCGAGAACUGCUUGAACUGGACAGUAUGGACAUACUGCUCCGAUAGUUCACACCCGUGGGGGGAUGGGUGGAAUAUGGAGGAUCUCAGCUUAUGGUGUAGCGAUGACCAACGUGCAGGCGAAGCGGAAAGGGUUCCAGCCCUGCGGAUACCCUCUAAAUUUUCAAUGGGUUCAUUAGCGCCAGCACAAGCGUCGACCUUUACAAUCUCAACUCUUCCAACGUAUUCUUCACCUUACGCCAGCUCUAGCGUCGAAGAAAGCGAACCUAUGCAGUACGAAUCCGCCUCUCUCCUGUCGUUCCUUACAAACGGCGCUCGCGCCGUACGUGCUUUCUGUCGGCCAUGGCCAAUAGCGGUCGUUGGUACUCCUACGAACAUCCAGUUCGACAUAUCCAAAGCGACCUUCCAUCUUACUCUCAAGGUCAACGCAGAAGAUAUACCUGUUAACGAUGACGAUGACCUAAUACCAGGAAAGAAAGGAUUGUGGAAGGAUAGUUCCUUGCCCACUGAAAUUUUCUUGCCUCUCGUCCAUUUUGCCUCGGACACUUGCUUAGGCAAAGCUCUCGGUUCUAACACCCAGGACCAAGUCGAUGAUUCCAUGGAUAUCGGGCAAGAAGGGAACAGUCGCAGCACAUCGGGAACGACCACACCUCGUGUGUAUACAUCAUCCACGCUCACCCUUCCUGUGACUUCCCAAACAGCGCUGUCGCCAGUCAUAUUCAAGGACGACUGGUACGAUAUCGCUGUCACUGCAUCCGAGGGCCGAGUGGAGCUUCUCGCGUCGGAGCAGAAGCUUCUCUGGUUUUACACUGUGCCAGCGGACGAGAAGGAGGACAAGGAGCUGACGAUAGAGGUGCGCCGUUCAUCGGGCGCCAUCAAAGCCAGUGCGCUCGGGCUUGGGUAUGCCAGUGAGAGUAGAGCGAGAGAUGGGUGUGCCAGAUGGUUAGAGGAGGCGGGGUUACUUGGUGAAGGGUGGUGCCCUGAGGGAUGUUCAAUUAUGUGA